UUGAGACUGGAGGGAAUCCGGCCAUUCUUUUCAAAACCCAUCCUAAUAUGAACAAAGAACUCUUCACCAGUGAGAAUAUACUGGGCUUGAAGGACCCUAAUAGGCCUUUCCCCACUGGCCAAGCUGGUGAUGUGGGAGGUGUUGGUCUUUUGAAGUGGAGAAUGCAAAGUGUUGAUGAGUCAAUGGUGCCAUUGUCAAUUAACUGCUGGCCCUCUGUUUCUGGAAACGAAACUUACGUGAGCAUCGAAUAUGAAGCUUCAUCAAUGUUUGAUCUGCAAAAUGUUGUUAUCUCAGUACCUCUUCCUGCUCUCCGAGAGGCACCAAUUGUUAAGCAGAUUGAUGGAGAGUGGAGGUAUGACUCUAGAAAUUCUGUCUUGGAGUGGUCGAUACUUCUCAUUGAUAACUCUAACCGCAGUGGAUCGAUGGAAUUUGUUGUGCCUCCAGCUGAUUCAUCAGCUUUUUUCCCCAUCUCUGUGCGGUUUUCAGCUACCAGUACAUACAGUGACCUAAAGGUUGUAAAUAUCCUCCCUUUAAGAGGCGGACCUUCUCCCAAGUUUUCACAGAGAACGGUUUUGGCCACCGAAAAUUACCAAGUUGUGUGAUCGCUUCUUUCUGAAUUUCAUGCACGGGGUUUAUGAGAGUUUCCAUUGGCAUUCUUAGAGUACACUUUGAAUUGUAUGGGAGUUUGACAAUUAGCAUUUUUUUUUCUUUUUCCAUUUUGUGUUAACCCAUUGUAUAAGUUUAGAGAUACCUGUUGCUGCUCUUUUUAUCUUAUUGACCUAAAAUUUUCAUGUUA